CUUCCUCCGCACUCCGCCGCGCCGGCCAGUCGUCUUGUCCCCCUCGCCGCCUCCGUGCUCGUCUUGCUCCUUCUCGGCUCCCCACCCCGCCACCUCGUCCCACCCCGCCCCUUGGGUUGAGUUGAGCUACUCAACCGUCAGUCAAUUCCUGCACCUGGCGUUGGGCGGGUUUUCAUGGGGGCAGCAUAAAAGCCUCUUCGGUUCUUCCCCUAGCUCUGCCUCGCGGCAAGUCCCCCUCCGCUACGUUCGCCAUGGCUCGCAACAGGGAAGUGGUGAUUUUGCUGUUGGAUGUUGGGCCUUCGAUGCAUGGAGUGCUGCUAGAGGUGAAGAACGUAUGCUUGACUCUUGUGCAUAAGAAGCUAGUUUAUAACAGGAGCGAUGAAGUUGGUAUUGUCCUCUUUGGUACUAAAGGAACAUGCAAUGAGCUUGCAAAGGACAUUGGGGGCUAUAAGCAUGUGACGGUCAUACAUGAUAUUAAAGUUGUAGAUGAAGGAACGGCACAGGCUCUGCAAAACCUUCCAUUAGGAUCUGCCCCUGGUGAUUUUCUGGAUUCUAUUGUUGUUGGCUUGGAUAUGGUGAUUAGGAAAUUUGGUAUUACCAAAGGGAAGCGGCGGCUCUGUCUAAUCACUGGUGCACAAGAACUGUUAAGAGAUCCGCCUGAGGGGACCAAAGAAGAUCAGGUGGACACCAUUGCAAACAUGUUGAAAAAACACAAUAUCAAGAUGGAGUGCAUUAUUUUCAGAGAACCGGGAGUGCAUCAUAAUGAUGUAAUGGAAGAAAAUGACCGACUAUUGCAUCAGUUCAGAAAUAGAUCAGUAGCAAAGGUAGUUCAGGUUGACAACCCAACAUCACUGUUGGGUGCUCUCAAGACAAGAAAUGUGCUCCCAGUUACCGUUUUCAGGGGAGAUCUGGAAGUGAACUCCAAUUUUAAAAUAAAGGUGUGGGUUUAUAAGAAAACAGCUGAGGAAAAAUUCCCCACUUUGAAGAAGUAUUCGGACAAAGCUCCUCCAAAUGAUAAAUUUGCUUCUCAUGAAGUCAAAGUUGAUUAUGAGUACAAGAGUGUUGUUGAGCCAGACAAAGUUGUUCCACCAGACCAAAGGAUUAAGGGGUAUCUCUAUGGUCCUCAAGUUAUUCCUGUAUCAAAUGCUGAAUGGGAGGCAGUCAAGUUCAAGCCAGAGAAAGGUGUGAAGCUUCUAGGAUUUACAGAUAGAUCCAGCGUACCACGGCACCAAUUUAUGAAAGAUGUAUGCCUGUUUAUACCUGAGCCAGGUAACAUGAAAGCAAGUCUUGCAGUUUCUGCGAUAGCAAGAGCAAUGCAUCAAAUGAACAAGGUUGCUAUAGUGCGAUGUGUGUGGAGGCAAGGUCAAGGGAAUGUUGCUAUUGGUGUAUUGACGCCAAACAUUUCAUCAGUGAACAAUAUCCAAGAUUCAUUUUACUUCAAUGUGCUCCCAUUUGCUGAGGACAUCAGAGAGUUUCAGUUUCGGUCCUUCAGCAGCCUGCCAUCAUCAUCUCAGCCCACUGAAGAACAACAAGAAGCUGCAGAUAACCUAGUGAAGAUGUUAGACCUAGCACCACCUGGAAGAGAGGUCCUCAAGCCUGAGUUUACGCCAAAUCCCAUCUUGGAGAGAUUUUACAGUUACCUUGAUCUCAAGUCAAAGCAGCCAGAUGCAAAUGUCCCACCGCUUGAAAGAUCUCUAAGGAGGAUAACCGAACCUGAUCCUGAUGUGGUUGGCCAACAAACACAAUUAAUCCAGAAUUUAAGCAAAGCUUUUGUGCUGAAGGAUAACCCCAAGAAAAAGAAAGCACGAACACAGGACAUGUUGGCAUAUACUGGUGCAGGUGAUCAAGCUAAAUCUGUAGAGGACAGAGUUCUGGAAAAUACACAUCCUUCAACAGAGAAUGUUGUGGCAAUCAGAGAUUCAAAUCCAGUUCAAGAUUUUGAGGCCAUGCUGGCUAAGAGAUCUAGCUCAACAUGGACUCAGAAGGCUAUUGGAGAUAUGCAGAAUUACAUAGCAGCUUUGUUACAGAACUCCAGUGAUGGGGGCAACUAUCAAAAAGCACUUGAAUGUUUUGCUUCUCUGCGGAAGGCCUGUAUUAUUGAACAGGAACCACAGGAAUUCAACCAGUUCCUAACGAAGAUUUACGAGAGAUUGAAGGAAGGUGAUGCUGCCAAGUUCUUUCAACUUCUCUCCUCAAAAAACAUUUCACUUAUCAACAAAGAGGAAGCGCCUGACAGUGAUGUGACUGAAGAGAUGGCAAGAAGUUUCUACCUGAAACGAGAAAAGGCGUCUCAGUAGGAGCUGGAAGAAGCCGGUAACUCGAAGCGCCUUGGGUUUGGAGGGUAUCUGCAUGUUUUGAAACUGGGUAUCUGGGUGGAACUGGAACUAAUACUCAAACUCUCUGGGUUGAGUCACUGUUUUGCUGCACAAUCUGCUGCCUACUACGUUUCGACUA